UCAACAUGGCGGCCACGAAGCAUUGUCUCUUGGGGACGUAGCGAAAUAGGAGUCAAGUUUUGACUGUUAAGAAAGAAAAAAGGUGUCUGUUAAAUACUAGGAAACCAUGGGAAAGAAGCACAAAAGCAAGAAACACCAUAAGAAAGGCACUGAUGGCGUUGAAGAAAAACCCGAAAGGUCAGAGAAGGCUGGGAAAGCUGAAAAACCUAUCAAACUAGUUCUUAAAGUAGGAGGUAGCCAAGAGAAAGUCACUGCCAAGCCAGAUCCUCAAAGUUCAUCGACAAGCAGUAGACCUUCAUUGAAUCCAGACAAAACAAAGUCUAAGGACCAUUCAUCAAAAAAGAAAAAGAAAAAGAGAUCAGCAUCCAGAGAGAGGAAGAAACCAAGGUUCGAUCCAGGUCCAAGUGCCUGUCCAUCACCUUCAUCAAUCAGUAGCCAUGAAAGAUCAAAGAGGAAAAGAGACAGACAGGAGAUGGAUGGAGAGAUCAGCAAUGUAACUGAUGCAGAAAGACCAAUCAAGAAAAUAUACAUAAAACCAAUUGAGCCUCCAAAUAGAAACAGCCCAGAAGCUAGAAAAGUUGGUGGUUAUUUGAAAGAACCAGAGAUCUCACCUCUCCGGCUGUGUCUGGAAAAUGUGCAUCGUACCCUCCAGAGGAAGGACACUCAGGGAUUCUUUGCAUAUCCUGUAAAUGAUACCAUAGCCCCAGGAUACUCCAACAUCAUCACACACCCAAUGGACUUCAGCUCCAUCAAAUACAAGAUUGACUCCAAUGACUAUUAUUCUUUAGAGCAGUUUAGGGAUGACUUCUACCUGAUGUGCAACAAUGCUAUGGUGUAUAAUGCACCUGAGACAAUUUACUACAAAGCAGCCAAGAAGCUCAUCCAAACAGGAUCCAAACUUCUGUCUCCUGAGAAAAUCCGCAAUAUGUACCGAAGUAUUGGAUUUCCCAUACCGGAAUAUGAAGGAAACGAAUCUGAGGGGCGUGGUUCAGAUGAACCAAUUGAUGUUGACACGGUAGACAUCGAGGAAAAUCAUGUUCCACAGUCGACAAAGAGGAUGAAACCAAGGAGUGAAUCAAAGCACACCUCUGCUAGUCGAAAGAUUCUUGCGCAAGUUCAGGAAGCAUCAAGGAGAAUGGCAGCUGAGCUGGAAGCAAAGCAUCCCAACAGUAAGAUCGGUUUUCUACGGCGAGAUAAAGAUGGAACUACGACUUUAGCUGUAGUAAACCCAGUGGACUCUGAAGCCCCAGAGUACCGUCAUGUUAAUCUUGGAGCAGCUGUAGGUAAAGUAGUUACCGGUUCACACACCACGGCUGGGUUUAAAGAAGACAAACGGAACAAGGCAACACCAGUGUCAUAUUUAAUGUACGGACCGUAUGGCUCGUUCGCUCCUACCUACGACUCGUCUAGAGCAACUAUAACAAAAGAACAGUCAGACUUGUUGUACAGCACUUAUGGUGAUGAUACUGGAAUACACUAUGCCAAAAGUCUCCAGGCCUUUGUUAAGGACGCUUCGUCGUUUUCACAUGAAGCAGUGGAUAGACUGCUGGACGUCCUGACUGAAGGAGCACAUUCUAAAUAUCUUAAACAAAUGGCUGAGAUUGAGAAAAUCGAGGAAGAAAAGCAAGCGAAAGAAAAUGAAAAUAUCGAACAAAAAAAGGAAGUUACAGUUUCUUCGGAGAGUGAGUCAAGCCAAGAGGGGAGCAAGGCAGCCUCUGCAUCUGGAGCAGGCGAAAAUUCCAAGGUUUCAUUGACGGCUUCCACCACUCCAAGUCCGUCGUCCACUGGAGAUGCGACAAAAAUUGAUUUCCAGUCGCUGUUGUCUCUUGCGGACGAAGGGAUCGAUGUGUCCUUUUUGAAAGCCUCAGAUGAUACGUCAAGUAGUGACUCACUGAGGUGUGUUUUCCUUCACUUGUAUUCACAAGACAUUAUCUCCUUUUCUUUUGGACAGACCUUUUAUUUUUGCUUACAGUUUUGCCGGACUUAAAUCAACGUUUU